CUAAUAAUAGUUUUGAUAAUUAUUUUCAAUGUUGUAGCUAUUGGUUUGAUAUAACAUUGAAAACAUAUGAAUCAAUAAUGAAUUAUUUACUGAUAAUAUCCGCGAGUUUUUAGUUAAUACUUUUAAGACAAUUAAAACUGAAUCAAUAGUUAAGACACCAGACUAUUGGCUCCGGUUGAUGGAAACGGUAUAUGUUUUUGACGACUGUUUCGGUAUUAAUAUGCUAUUUGUUACCAAUGAUGACGAUAAUGAUGAUAAUGAUGAUAAUGAUAGUCAUCGGGUCUAUGGUUUGGGUGCCAAUGCAUACGGAUCGUUAGGUUUAGGUCAUAAUCAGUCAAUGUCGGAGCCACAGGAGCUCAAAGACAUGCGAUACAAACGUGUAGUCAAUAUAUUGAACGGCGAAAAGUUUGUAAUUUUUGUGACCAACGAUUGCCUGUAUAGUUGUGGCUAUAAUCGUUGGGGACAGUUGGGUAUUGGCCACCAGUUGUCCGUUGACUUUGAUUUUAAGCGACCAAUGAAAGUACCGAUUACUGAUGGCUCGAUAGUAGACGUUAGCUGCGGCCGAGCGCAUACACUGGUGCUGACCGAUAGUGGCCAAGUAUAUGGCUGGGGAUUGAAUGAUUUGGGACAAGUAGGUAGCCGUGACCUGCAGUGCGAGUCAGUUGAUCGGCCCGAACGGAUAGAUUUUGGUCAACAUAACGGACCGACUGACAACUAUUGUAUUAAAUCGGUCUACUGUUGUCAGGCACAGUCGUUUGCACUGACCAGUGAUGGACAGGUGUUUAGCUGGGGUCACAACGUUAGCCAACAAUUAGGACUGAGCUUAUCGGAUAUGGCCAUAUGUAGGCCCCGAUUGAUCACUGAUUUAUCGGGUAUUACAUCGAUCAGUGCGGGUACUGGUAUAACCUAUUUUCUAAGCCAAACCCAGCAAUUGGUCUACUUUUGUGGUCUAACAGUCAACCAACGUACGGCUAUUGAAAUACAUGACAAACCCGAACAGUUGGGAACACUAGACAACUAUAAUGAUUUUCAGUCGAUUGUUUCAUACAAAUGGAAUUAUCUGGAACUGGUAUGCCUUAGGGACAGUUGUCUGUAUAGACUGGUCGGACGUAAACUAAAUAAAUUAGAAAAAUUAUAUACUACUAGUCUAGACUAUUGUCUAGACAGGUAUCAUAUAGUAUUGAAACCAUUGAAAAAAUCUACUAAAAAUUUUAAUAAUGAAACAAUCAAUCAAUUUAUUCGACAAACAUUUCAAACUAUCCUAAAUGAAUUUAGAAAUUUAUCUAGCUUAAAUGAAGACAAAAUUUUUAAUCAAUAUUAUCGCUGUUAUGAUGAACUGCAAGCACUGGGAUCGGGUGGCUUUGGAAAGGUAUAUAAAUGUAGGCAUAAGUUUCAUAAGGAUAUUGUUGCCAUCAAAGUCAUUGAUGUUAAAAAUUCAAUACUAAUAAGCGAACUAUUGGAAAAAGAGAUGGCCAGGGAGGCCAACUUGAAAUCAGAUUAUUUGGUACAUAUAUUCGGUAUCUGGGCCUACCAUACCCGGGUCUAUCUGGAAAUGGAGUUGUGCACAAUGAGCCUAAGGGAUGCCAUCAAAUUGAAGGCACGGGUGUUUGAUAGGCCCCAGAAUUUAGGCCAACCCAUGAAUCGCAUGGAAUUUUUCAUAACAUGCGAAAUGCUAUACGAAAUACUUGAAUGCGUCCGCUAUUUGCACGAAUUGAGUCCCCGGCCGGUCAUACAUCGGGAUAUAAAACCCGAUAAUAUACUGGUUGUUGAGGACAUACGAAACGGCCGAUUCCUGAAGCUAUGCGAUCUGGGUUUGUCGGCCGUACUCAACAACAACAACAAACUGCUAGUGGUAGCCAAUGGUGAGCCUAAACCGAUGACUACCGGUGCGGGUACACCAAAAUAUAUGGCACCCGAAGUCAAGUUUGGCGGCAAUUAUACAACAAAAGCCGAUAUCUAUAGCUUAGGCAUUACUAUUGAAGAUAUGUUUGAUAUACAUAUUAAUGAUCCACGCGAUAACUAUCUAUCAGAUGAAUUGGGAGACAAUUACUGUCAAAUAUUUGCUAUCAUUCAUCAAACAACACAAACAAUUUAUGAUAGGAGACCUACCUGUGCUCAGAUUAUCGAUGGCUACAGUAAUUGGCGUAUGUCUAGACUAGUGAUGUUGGAUAAUUUGGAUAAGUUAAAGUCAGAUCUCAAUGAAAUCAAACGUAAGGAACGGGAGAUACGUUUUAGGGCCGACAACGAUGAUGACGGUAUCGACACCGGCGGCAAUAGUGUUGUGAAUGGMUUUUACGGAGAGUUUUUAUUUAAAUUUGCUUUUUUAAAAAUCAAUGGCUAUUAUAAUAAUGUUAAUAUGAAAAUGUAUGACGAUUUAGAAAUAUAAUUUUAUGUGUAUGUGUAUGUGUAUGUGUAUGUGUAUGUGUAUG